AACGGGCAACAAACCCUACCGAGCAUAUAUAAGUAAGAGCUGCCAAAUAGAUAGGGACAGUCAUCUUAAAAUAUUUAGCCUAGUGAAACAAUUUUAAACGUCAAUGAUUCCCAAAUUAUGCUUUGUGUUAAUAAUACUCUGGCAAUGUCAUGCUAUUUUGACCGCUCGCAUGGUAGUCGAAGAAAAUAUUAAUAUAUGUGAAAAUGUAGCUGAUCAUAUAUUCCUACAAGAUAUCGAUGAUUGUCGUAAAUAUUUCGUGUGUAUUGAUGGCCAACCCAAAGCUCAAGAAUGCAGAUCGGGUCUGUAUUUCGAUGCAAGUCGUCAAGCUUGCAUUGCCUCUCAGCAUGUUUGCCUAAAAUGUCCCUCUAGACAAUUGUUAAAUCUGCCGCUAGUUAAAACUUGUAACAAAUAUAUUUCCUGCUAUUAUGGUCAAGCUACAUUAAGGAAAUGCGAAGCGAAUCAUCAAUUUAAUGUUAAAACGGGAAAAUGUGAUUGGGCCAAAAAUGUAGACUGUGUUGAAAAUCACUGUUCGAUUCAUCCAAUUAACAGUGAAUUGGUGUAUGUUCGCAGUGCUGCCAGUUGUGAGAAGUAUUAUCUGUGUAUGUCUGGUCAAGCUAAAGCCUUGACUUGUGCAGCUGGUUUAUACUUUAGUACAAAGUGUAAUUGUUGUGAUAGAUCGGAUAAUGUUCAAUGUUUGGUCGAAGACUAUGAAACCGCGCCGGAAAAGAACAAAGAAAAGCGAUUCUCUAAUAACUAUUCCAAAUUACUGCAUAAACCCACUUUGAUAGGCGAAACCAAUACCAUCACUUGCCCUACCAAAGGCCUUUUUGUAUAUCAAUAUAUUGAAGAUUCCGAAAAAUACAUUACUUGUAUUGAAGGCAAGGCUACCCUUUACUCUUGCGCUGCUGGCUAUCAGUUCGAUGACAAACAAAAGCGUUGUGUUAAUAAUAAGGACAUUGAGCAAUUGGAUAAUGAUCACACAAAUGGAACGGAGUUAAUACAAUGUCCUGAAAAUGGUGCCGCAAUUUUACCUCAUAGUAUAGAAAACAAAUAUAUAUUGUGUGUCAAUGGUAAUCCCACCGUUUAUGAUUGUCCCGAUGACCAUUAUUUUGAUGCAAAAGAUAGUCAUUGUCACAGCUCGUGGGAGUUGGAGCGCAAGAAGAAGCUCUCUAGAUAUGGAGCGGUGGUGGAUGAAGUUGCUGCUAUUGUUUGUCCUAAAUAUGCCACUUUCACUUUUCCUCAUGUGGAAAAGGAAAAGUUCUACCUGUGUCUUGAUGGCAAGGCUACAGUGUUUGCCUGUGCUGAGGGUCAAUAUUUUGAUAUCAACGAACAUGGAUGCGUUAUGGAACCUAUAGAAGGGGAGUUGAAUACAGACGAUGAAUUGGCUGAAAUAAAGGAAAAUGAUAAUUUAAUGGUUACAACAACUACAAAAAGAUUAGCGGAGGCAGAGUUUGAUUUGGAUUUCAGUCCGCAAUCGAUAAAAUGUCCUUCAACUGGCAAUACCACUUUGCCGCAUGUUUUAAGAAAUCAAUACUAUGUGUGCCGAGAAGGAAUUGCUGCUGUUUUCACCUGUCCCCAUGGUCUAUUGUAUGAUGCCAAAUUGAAGACUUGUACCGAGUAUUUCGCAAAUAAUGAGAUAUACAAACCCACCUUGGACACCGAUGCAGCCAAUAUAAUGUGUCCUAAAUUUGGUACCUUCAAAUUUCCACAUUUGAAUAAAACUUUAUACUAUCUAUGCACUGAUGGCAAGACCUAUACAUUGGCCUGUGGUCCAAAUGAAAUUUUCGAUGCAGACAUUAAUAUUUGCCGAGAAGACGAAUUAUUAGGAGAUUUGCCCUCGGCCAAUGAAAAUGCUACACAAACUGUAACUGCAGUGGCCACUGAAAUUGCCAGCAAUGUUAUAUGCCCGAAAUUUGGUACCUUUAUUUACCCACAUACCCAACGCAAUCGUUAUUAUGUUUGUAUUGAUGGCAAUGCUAUUGGUUUUAUCUGUGCUGAGGGACAAUAUUUUGAUACCAAAACAAAUGCCUGUCAGAGGGCGAGUGAAACAGAAGAAAAUGAAGAGGAUCAGAGACCCGUGGUUUUAGAUGGACCAGUUAACAUUUUGUGUCCUUCGGUAGGAGCCAUGAAAUUUGCCCAUGAAGAAAAACAUAAAUUUUAUUUGUGUGUUAAUGGCAUGGGCUCGGUUUUAGCCUGUGCCAAAGGCAGUUUCUUUGAGGCCGAAUCGGGAGCUUGUCGCAGAUCGUUUUCAUUAUUUAAUAACAUAAAUGAAACUACUGAAGGAAAUACUACUUUGGAAUCGGUUAAUGCUACAACAGUCAAGUGCCCCUUGUCGGGUACUUUUAUUUAUCCCCAUGCUGAACUUAAUCAAUACUACGUUUGUCUUGAGGGCAAAGCAUUAGUUUUGUCUUGCCCGGAAGGUCAUAUCUUUGAUAAUAUGGAGAAAACUUGUCGAGCCCCGGGUCAAAGUGAAAAAGUUGAAAUUAAAGCUCCUCAAGUUUUAGAUGAAAUUGUUAAUAUAAUGUGUCCAGCCUCGGGAGCCCAUAAAUAUGCACAUAUUGAGAAAUAUAAAUUUUAUUUGUGCAUUAAUGGCAUGGGUUCUGUUAUGGCCUGUCCAGAUGACAGUAUCUUCGAUAAUGAAACCGGCAGUUGUCUAAAAAGGCAAGCAACUAUGCAGAACUCUAGUUUAGAAAUAAAUGAUAAAAAUAAAACUGAUAUUGAGAAGGUACUCCUUCUAAACAAGACAUCCGAAACUUUAGAAACUUCUAACAUUACCUGUCCCGAACUUGGCACAUUCCUUUAUCCGCACGAGGAGAAAAAUAAAUAUUUUAUUUGCCUGGACGGUACUGCUAUAGAAUUUACCUGUGCUAAAGGUUUACUCUUUGAUUCCUCAAAAAAUGUUUGCGUUCAAGACCCCGCAGUAGAAAACAAAGAAAUUAAGUGUCCGGUCCAAGGAACUGAUAUGUUGCCCCAUAAAGAAUCAAACAAGUUUUACUUGUGCAUCAACGGUAUUGCCAUAAUACAAAGUUGUGCCGCAGGAGAUUUCUUUGAUGUCGAAACCAAGACUUGUCGAGAAACUUUAACAAUACAAUCAACAUUACAGGAAACGGUUAAUGCAAAAUGUCCCUUAAAAGGAACCAUAAAGCUGCCUUAUCUGUCUGAUUCCAAUAAAUUUUAUUUAUGCAUAGAAGGCAAGGCAACAAUUCACAGCUGUGCUAAGGGCGAUUACUUUGAUGCCGAAACUGAAACUUGUCAUGAAACAAUGAAAGCUUCGACACAUGAAAGUAAAGCAAAUCAAUCUUUGCCGGAAGAUAUUGCUUUAACUGAACCGGUUAACAAUGUAUGUCCUCCACUAGGAACUGCCCUGCUAGCUCACAUUGAUAGUAAUAAGUUUUAUCAAUGUGUUAAUGGCGUUGCCACCCUACAAAGUUGUGCCAAGGGUGACUACUUUGAUCUGGAUACCCAAACUUGUAGAGAAUCAUCUCUUAGUAAUAUGUGUCCUCCACAAGGAACGGCUCUAAAUCCACACACUGAUAGCGAUAAGUUUUAUCAAUGCAUUGAUGGCAUUGCCACCAUACAGAGUUGUGCCGACGGUGAUUUCUUCGAUGCCGAAGCUCAAACUUGUCGUGAAACUUCAAAUAUUUUAAAGCCAAGCAUUAAGUGCCCUAAAGUAGGAACUUUUGUUUAUCCUCUACCACAAAAGAACAUGUUCUAUGUAUGCUCUGAUGGUAAGGCACGAACUGUAUAUUGUGCCGAGGGAGAUAUAUUUGAUGCUGAACUAAAUGUCUGCCGCGAAGUAAUUAAAGAAACGCCCAUUGUUGAGCAUCUUUCCAAAAAUCAAGAAAUUCCCGAGUUAAAUGGAAACCCUAAGAAGCAAGAAGAAGUCGAAGAAUUUCCAAAACUUUUAUUAGACGAAAAUCGAAAUGAUGAUAAUAAAAACGAAGAGUCUAAUGUUCUAACAUCAGAAGCGGUUGAAAUUGUAGCAGAAAUUGAAGGCAAUAAUAUUUUGGACAAUUUCGAAAGGAGUGAGGAACUAAAACCUAUUGCAAAUGAAUCCCAAGAAUUUUUCCAACAUUUACUUAAAGACAACAAAAAUGAGGAGUCUAACGCUAUCAAAGCAUAUGAUGGUGAAAUGAGUGAGGAAAUGUUGACCAAUGUGGCCAAAGAAUUAGACAUUACUCUCGAAGAAAAAAGUGAAACAAAAAAUAUUGAAAAAAUUAGCCUAAUAAAAAAUUCAAAAAACUGUUUCUUCAAAAUA